UGGUGUAGGAUUUCCCCCUCAGUGCUGAGGAGACUGCAGGUUGAAACACGUGGGAAAAAAAGCUCCGAAUAAACUCACUUUCCAACAGUUUAGUGAUUUAUUCUCGUGUUUCGGAAAAACACCAUCCAGCCAUGGUGAAGCUCGCGAAGGCAGCAAAAAAACAGGAGCCCCCCAAGAAAAAGGCUCCCCCACCUCCCAAAGAGGUUGAAGAGUCCAGUGAGGAGGAGGAUGACAGUGAAGAGGAUGAGGAAGAGGUGCCACCAGCCAAAGCUGUGGUGCAGAAGAAAGCAGCCCCGGCAAAGGCAGUAAAAAAUGGAAAAACUGCUGCCAAGGAAGAAAGUGACGACGACGAUGAUGAGGAUGACGAUGAUGAAGAUGAUGAGUCCGAGGAGGAGGCGCCCCCACCAAAAGCAGCGAAACCUGCUGCAGCUAAAGCAACUCCUGCAAAGAAAGCAGCCCCUGCUGAGGAGGAGGACAGCGACGACGAUGAUGAUGAGGAUGAUGACUCUGAAGAGGAGCCUCCUGCACCAAAGAAAGCCACACCUGCUAAAGCCACACCUGCAAAGGCAGCUCCUGCUAAAGCUACCCCUGCGAAAGCCACACCCGCUAAAGCAGCUCCAGCUAAGGCCACACCUGCUAAACCUACACCUGCGAAGAAAGCAGCCCCUGCGGAGGAAUCAGAUGACGACGAUGAUGAUGACGAUGAUGAAGAUGAGUCAGAAGAGGAGGAAGCCCCGCCCCCUAAGAAGGCAGCAGCUGCCAAACCUGCAGCUAAAGCAGCUCCAGCAAAGGCUGCCAAGGAGGAAUCUGAAGACGAUGACGAGGAUGAUGAUGAAGAUGAUUCGGAAGAGGAGGAGGAAAUGGACACCGCACCCGCUCCUGCCAAAAAAGCUGGAAUGGUGAAGGCCAAGGAGGAGGAAGAGGAGGAUGAUGAGGAUGACGAAGACGACGACGAUGAGGAUGAAGAGGAGGAAGAGGAAGAAGCUGCUCCUGUCACUCCAGGCAAGAGGAAAGCGGAGGAUAAGAAGGAGAAGGGAACUCCUCCUUCUAAGAAAGCCAAGGCUGAUGGAGAAACUUUCAGUCUCUUCGUGGGCAACCUGAACGCAGAUAAAGGUUUCGAUGAACUCAAGGAAGCUAUCGCCAAGUUCUUCAAGAAGGAGAGUCUCGACAUUCAGGAUGUCCGUCUUGGAGGCUCCAAGAAGUUCGGUUACGUCGACUUCGCCUCUGAAGAGGAGCUGCAGAAAGCUCUCGCUCUGAACGGGAAGAAGUGCAUGGGUCUGGCCCUCAAACUGGACAGAGCAAGAAGCAAGGAGAACUCUCAGGAAAACAAGAAAGAGAAAGACGCCCGUACGCUGUUUGUAAAGAAUCUGCCAUACACCAUAACACAGGAUGAGCUGAAGGAGAUCUUUGACCAGGCAAUAGACAUCAGGAUACCUAUGGGCUAUAAUGGCUCCAGCAGAGGAAUUGCAUACAUCGAGUUCAAGACUGAGGCGAUCGCAGAGAAGAUGUUGGAGGAGACGCAGGGUUCAGAUGUUCAGGGCCGUUCCAUCAUGGUGGACUUCACAGGAGCGAAGAGCCAGCAGCAGCAGGGUGGCAGAGGAGCAGCUUUCUCUUCAGCUCCGGGAGGUGCAAGCAAGGUCCUGAUUGUAAACAACUUAGCCUUCAGUGCCACAGAAGAGUCCCUCCAGAGUGUGUUUGAAAAGGCUGUCGGCAUCAGAAUACCACAGAACAACGGCCGGGCUAAGGGCUACGCCUUCGUGGAGUUCGAGAGCACAGAUGACGCGAAGGAGGCGCUGGACUCGUGCAACAACACAGAAGUGGAGGGCAGGACGAUUCGGCUGGAGUUCAGCCAGAGCAGAGGAGACAGCAGUGGUGGCAAAGGCUCCUCAGGUCCCACAAAAACACUGUUUGUAAAAGGUCUGUCAGAGGACACUACAGAGCAGACGCUGAGGGACGCGUUUGAUGGGGCUGUCGCUGCCAGAAUCGCCACAGAUAAGGAGACGGGGUCUUCUAAAGGGUUUGGUUUUGUAGACUUCGACAGCGAGGAGGACUGCAAAGCUGCCAAAGAGGCCAUGGAGGACGGCGAGGUUGACGGAAACAGAGUGACGCUGGACUACGCCCGGCCGAAGGGUGAGGGAGGCCGUUCCGGGGGUCGCGGCGGGUUCGGAGGUGGCGGCGGAUUCAGGGGAGGCAGAGGAGGACGGGGAGGUUUCGGCCGAGGAGGUGGCGGCGGAUUCAGGGGAGGAAGAGGAGGAAACCGCGGUGGAGGACGAGGAGGCUUCAGAGGUGGCAGAGGAGGUGGAGGAUUUGCAAAGCCACAAGGAAAGAAGAUCAAAUUUGAUGAUUAAACCCCUGUUUUUUUGUUUUUCUAUUUGAACGGACUCUGUUUUCCCCCUCCUCACGCGUCUGCUCUAACGGAGCCUUUUGGACAUUCCAGAAAGCGUUGAGUAUGUCGUUCCUGGGCGGAUUGUCUGGCUCUCCGCCCUCCUGUCUGAGAUGUCCUUCAGCACCCCUGCGCAUCUUCAUGUUUUUCCCGUUGAGGGAGAGGUUGAAAUGUGAAUAUCGUGAAUAAUGCUCUGUUGGUCUAGAUACAUUUUUCCUUUUAUCCUUUUGUUAAAGUAUCCUUAAAUGGUUAUUAUUUUUGUUUUUUUUUUAAGUUUGCUUUAGGUGCGUGUUUUAGCAUAAAUGUACAAAGCCUAUUGUAAUGGAUUGAUUAAAUAUUACCCAAACUGUUUUGGGUAUUUAGAAA